GGCAGCUGGGGAGUUGAAUGCAAGCAAAAAUGUGAGUGUCCAACUGGCAAGUGUAACUCUGUCACGGGUACUUGUCAAUGUCCACCCGGUCGCUAUGGCAAGAAGUGUGAAAAAAUAGGCUGUCCACCAGGGUAUUGGGGAGCCGAUUGCGAUAAGAGGUGCCCCAAACAAUGCUCCACUGGAUAUUGCCACUCCAAGACAGGCGCAUGCACUUGUGCACCGGGGAAAUACGGAGCCUCGUGUCACAUCACCUGUCCAGAGGGUACAUUUGGAGAGAUGUGCGCAGAGGCGUGUCCUGCCAUGUGCUCCGAUCAGAAUAGCAAUUACAAAGGAUGUGAUCCAGAAGUGAGUAUGACAAAUUGUGAUGGUGACUAA